AUGAAACGGUUUGGAGUUGCAGCAUUCGGUGAAUCAAAGCAAUAUGACUUAGCAUCGAAUAAGCUAGGCUCCCAAAGCAAUGAAAUAAAGGAGCAACUCUCAAUAUUCCAAGAAAAGCUAGUGGAAUUUGCAAAACACCAUAACGAAGAACUUCGUGAUGUACCCCAGUUUCGAGCUAAAUUCAUGCGAAUGUGCUCAGCUAUAGGUAUCGACCCUUUAUCCCUCUUUGAUAAGAAUAGCCAUUUGUUUCAUAUUGAUGAUUACUAUUAUCAGAUCUGCGUCAAGAUAAUAGAAAUAUGUCGGAAUACCAAAGAUGUCAAUGGAGGUGUUAUAUCAUUAGAGGAGCUUCACGUUAAUUAUUUCAAAAAAAUGAAUAUAGAGAUGGAAGAUAUACAAAAGGGCAUCAAAAUGUUGGAACCAUUAGAUGGAGGGUUUGAAUUGUUUGCUAUCAGACAAAAGCAGUUUCUACGAAGCGUUCCGACUGAGUUAACUGAUGACCAGACGAAAAUACUUGAAAUUUGCUCAAUUAUGGGAUACGCGAGCAUCGCACUUCUUAGAGCAAAUCUUAAUUGGAAAAGAAUACGAAGUCAAUCGCUAUUAGACGGCAUGGUAGCAUCUGGACUUUUAUGGGUUGAUACUCAGUCACCGGAAGAGGAUGUUAUAUACUGGGAUCCAUCGUGGAUUAUCAACUUAGAAUAA